AUGCCUCCGAACAACAAGAAAAAGAAGAAGCCCGCCUCCAACCCGGCUCGUGGCUUUGCCACGGUUUCUAUGCCAUCGAAACCUAAGCCUGAUACCACCGCGACUCCAUCUCCGGCAACUGGAGAAUCGAAAGCCACACCAGAGAGCGAGCCGCAGGCCGCACGCACAGAAGAGCGCCCAGCAGAGACUAGCGCACCACAAGCAGUGACAUCAUUGCAAGAUUAUACACCGGAGGAAUUAGAGAAGCAUCUUGAAGAAGCCGAGCUUCAGAUCCUCGUCGACAAAUAUGCAGCGAAGUGCAAGAACGAUGCGAUUCGCCAGGCCACCAAGCUGGAAAAUGAGAGGCGUGUCAUGCGACAGCAAUCUGUGACAUUGAGUCUCUUGGAAUGGCUAUCGACAGACGUUCAAGACAGAAUUCUCGAGCUAGCCGGAACGGAAGAGCAUGAAUACCUCUUAGCCAAUGCAAAGACGACAAAUCCCAAGCAAGUCGGUUCCGAAGAGGAGUUAUACAACAAGCUCUGGGUAUUAAAGGAGACAUUGAUCAGACUCGACUUCCCAGAAAACAGAGUCGAGGACGCAUUGAAGCAUGUUCUGCAGUAUUUUGCUGGAAACUCGACGAGCGCCGGUCGCGAUGCUGUGUGGAACUUGGACGAGGCGCUGGAAUGGCUGGCCACCCACAGUGACAAAAAUGAACUUCCCUCUUAUACGCAUGCAAACGCUCGACAGAAGGACGCAGACAGUGUCACUUCCUGGAUGACUGACUCGAAAAUGUCGGGAACUUCAACCCCUAAUGGACAGAGCAAGAAAAAGCAAGGCGGUCAAAAAGCGGACUGGAAAGCGAAUAAGGUUGCGCCUCCAAUUUCAUACGACUCAGAUAGCUCGGUCGAUCCCGACAUUAUGAUUCCCGAGUGGCUUGAGUUGCAGACUCAACUGUACAGCCUCCAGCCUGAUAGCUUCGAUCGCCCUGGAAAAAGCAAGAAAAGCCGCGGAGCUGCUCUGAACUUAUCAGAUGACCCGGAUGUCUCCAGACUACAGCGUAAGAUUGCCAAGAUUGAACGUGACGUUCUGUUCGAAAAGCGAGAAGCAGAGUACCUAUGGGAACAAAAGCUGGAUGAGCUCAGAAAGGAUGCAUCAUUUGUUCGGCGCCCGGUGGAGAAGAAGAAGAACCCCCCAGCCGAAGAAGAUCCUCAAUCCGAGGUCAAUGUAGACGCAGACAUGGCUGCUCUACAGAUUGAUGGCCUGGAGGAUGCACUUGGAGACAUGUUCGCAGCUGAGCCUGAAGACUCGGGGUCUAUCUUGGGUCUCCCUCCUCCCGAGGUGAACGCCGCAAUCACACUUCGUGACUUUGGAAAACAGACAGGCUUGACCCCACGACGAAUCUUGGAGGAGAGCUGCAAGGCAAGAGAUUCAUCUUGUACCAUUGUCUACCAAGACUUCUCUUCAUCUAGCCAUUCUAACAGGAAAGCUGCUGAGGUGCGAUGGUCAAAGCCACAAGAAGUGCCAUUUUCAUUAGCUGUGGAGUCGACCACCCAUAAGUCUAAUGCCAUGGCUACCUUUGUUUCAAUGGAUGCACUCGCAACACCCACCGCACAACAAGCUGAGGGAUAUGUAUCGACCUUGCUUCUGUUCAUUUUGUUCCCGCAGAAUUCCAAGGAGGGCAAGGCCUACCUGCGGUUGCCAGCAGUCUGGAGAGAUCUCUGGACAGAAUUCGCAGGUCUGAAAAAGACCCAAGAGGAUGAGAUUGAUAAGGCUACUGUCAAGGAACUGAAGCUUUUGAUUCAGGAGAAUCCAAGCCACUUCGAGGAUGAUGUCGUGCUCUCCGAUAACUUCCGCAAGAGAAACGGUGUUGGUAGCAAGCCAGGUACUCCGGCAAGAGGUUCAGGACGUGAUAAUUACUCUGGUAUCGAUGAACAGCUGAGGGACGCAUGGAUAGCAAAGUCAUCCACGCCAUCCUUCAACCGUAUGAUACAGGGUAGAAUGAACCUCCCAAUCUGGGGCUUCAAGGACGAGAUUAUGCACACCUUGGACACUCACCGUGCCGUGAUCAUCUGCAGUGAGACAGGAAGUGGAAAGAGUACCCAGAUCCCAUCGUUCAUUCUUGAGCAUGAGAUGCUCAAUGGUCGACCCUGCAAGAUCUAUGUGACUGAGCCCCGCCGUAUCUCUGCCAUCUCACUUGCUCGUCGUGUUAGCGAAGAGCUCGGAGAGAGUAAGAACGACGUGGGAACAGCUCGCUCGUUCAUUGGUUUUGCUGUUCGACUGGAGAGCAAGUUCACCCACUCUACCAAAUUAGUCUAUGCAACUACUGGUGUAGUUGUGCGGAUGCUCGAGCGCCCUGAUGAUUUCCAAGACAUCACCCACGUUGUUCUUGAUGAGGUCCACGAGCGCACCAUUGACAGCGACUUCCUACUCAUUGUGCUCCGGCGUCUCAUGGAGAAGCGACCCGAUUUGAAGUUGAUUCUCAUGUCAGCUACGCUCGAGGCGCAGCGAUUCUCAAAUUAUCUUGGAGGUGUUCCUGUGAUGAACAUCCCUGGGCGAACUUUCCCCGUGGAAAUGAAGUAUCUGGAAGAUGCAGUCGAGUUGACUAACUACCGUCUUUCAGAGGACGAGCACCACACAGUUCUCGAUGAUGAUAUGGACGAUCCACCGGCCGAUGCAGACACAUCUGGAGGUCUUCAAGCCAGUCUUGAUGGAUAUUCUAGACAAACCAAGGAAACCAUCCUAAAUAUUGAUGAGUACAAACUGGACUACGAGCUGAUCAAGAGAUUGGUUCUCCAAAUUGCCACGGCUCCUGAGAUGGAUCACUAUAGCAAGGCUAUUCUGAUAUUUAUGCCUGGAUUGGCAGAAAUUCGUCGUUUGAACGACGAGAUUCUGUCCGAGCCAACGUUCCAGAGGAAUUGGAUUGUGCACGCGCUACACUCAUCUAUCGCCAGUGAAGAUCAAGAGAAGGCCUUCAAUGUGCCUCCGGAGGGCACUAGGAAGAUUGUGAUCGCAACAAACAUUGCAGAGACCGGUAUCACAAUUCCGGAUAUUACGGCUGUGAUUGAUGCAGGAAAGGAGAAGAUGAUGCGCUUCGACGAGAGACGUCAAUUGUCUCGACUUGUAGAGUCCUUCAUCUCCCGUGCAAACGCGAAGCAGCGACGUGGUCGUGCUGGCCGUGUUCAGAAUGGUAUUUGUUUCCAUCUAUUUACCAAACACCGCCAUGAGAAGCUGCUCGCUGAGCAGCAAACACCUGAACUUCUUCGACUCUCCUUGCAGGAUCUUGUGCUCCGAGUGAAGAUCUGUAAGUUGGGAGAAGUGGAGCAGACACUCCUUGAGGCCCUCGAUCCGCCAUCGUCGAAGAACAUUCGACGUGCCAUUGAUUCGCUCAAGGAAGUCAAAGCACUGACCAGCAACGAGAGUCUAACGUCUCUUGGAACACAAUUGGCCAAAUUGCCGCUGGACGUCUUCCUGGGCAAGAUGAUCAUCCACGGUGCCUUCUUCCGAUGCUUAGAUACAACUGUCAGCAUUGCUGCAAUUCUCUCCUCAAAGUCUCCGUUCGUAAAUACCAUCGGAUCCAAUUCACAGCGGGAUGGGGCGCGAGUGUCUUUCCAGAAAGGUGACUCCGACCUCUUGACUGUAUACAAUGCAUACUGCAGCUGGAGACGCGUCCGAAGCACCCCAGGCUCGAACGAAUUCGCCUUUUGCAGAAAGAAUUUCCUCAGUCCGCAGACACUGCUCGGCAUCGAGGAUAUCAAAAUGCAGCUGGUAGUUUCAAUUGCCGACGCAGGUCUGCUCACACUGGAUGCAUCCCAAAAGGCAGCGCUCAAUCGCGCGCGCUCCAACAGCCGAAACCGCCAGUUCUUCACCAUCCCAGAAGAGUACGAUCUUAACAGCAGCAACGAUGUCGUAGUCAACUCUGUCAUCGCCUGGAGUUUCUACCCGAAGCUUCUGGCGCGCGAAGGCAAGGGCUGGCGCAACGUCGGAAACAACCAGACAGUGACUCUGCAUCCAACCUCGAUUAACAAACGAGUCGACUCGUCGGUGAAGUGGCUUUCCUAUUACCACAUCAUGCAAGCGCGCAACCGAAAUCUCAACGCGCAUGAUACUAGUGCGGUUGAUGAUUUCGCUAUAGCCUUGCUAUGUGGCGAUGCUGAGUUCAAGCUAUACUCUGGUGUCAUCUCCAUCGACGCAAACCGCAUCCGUUUCGCCCUGCGCGACUGGAAAUCUAUGCUCGCGCUGAAGAUUCUCAACAGUCGUCUGCGUGAAAUUCUCUCCAACACUUUCCGUAAUCCCCACCGCCCACUGUCUUAUAAGCAACAGCAGUGGAUUGAUAUCUGGCAACAGAUCUUCACUCAGGCUGGCAAGCGUUGA